CCUCUCCGCCGCUCCUCUCCGCCGCUCCUUGCCAUGUCACGGCGGCGGCACAGCGACGACAGCGAUGGGCAGCCCCACAAGAGGCGGAGGACGUCCGAGCCGUCGGAGAUCGAGGAGAGGCUCGAGUCGCUCAUCUGCAGGGUGGGAGAAAAGAGUAAUUCGUCUUUGGAGAGCAACCUGGAGGGCCUAGCCGGUGUUUUGGAAGCUGAUCUACCAAAUUACAAAAGCAAGAUACUACGAAUACUGUGUACUGUCGCACGUCUGCUACCAGAGAAGCUUACAGUUUACACGACAUUGGUGGGCUUGCUGAAUGCCAGGAACUACAAUUUUGGUGGGGAAUUCGUAGAAGCCAUGAUUCGUCAGCUUAAAGAAUGUCUGAAAGUCAACAUGUAUAAUGAAGCUGUGCAUUUAGUACGUUUUCUGUCCGAUCUCGUGAAUUGCCACGUAAUAGCUGCACCUUCAAUGGUAGCUAUGUUUGAGAACUUUGUGAGUGUGACACAGGAGGAGGACGUACCCCAAGUGCGAUGUGACUGGUAUAUGUUUGCAUUUCUGUCAUCUUUGCCUUGGGUUGGAAAGGAGUUAUAUGAGAAGAAGGAUGCUGAAAUGGAUCGUCUCUUGUCUCAGGCAGAAAGCUAUCUGAAACGCCGCCAGAAGAUUCAUGUACCCAUGCUGCAAGUGUGGACUGCUGACAAACCACAUCCACAAGAAGAGUAUUUAGACUGCCUUUGGUCUCAGAUUCAGAAAUUGAAAAAAGACCGUUGGCAAGAGCGGCACAUCCUGAGGCCCUACUUGGCUUUUGACAGCGUGCUCUGUGAGGCACUGCAACACAAUCUGCCUCCCUUCACACCCCCACCCCACACUGAAGAUUCUGUGUACCCGAUGCCAAGGGUUAUUUUUAGGAUGUUUGACUACACGGAUGACCCUGAGGGUCCUGUCAUGCCUGGCAGCCACUCCGUUGAGAGAUUUGUGAUAGAGGAGAACCUCCACUGCAUCAUCAAAUCUCACUGGAAAGAGAGAAAGACUUGUGCUGCACAGCUGUUGAGCUAUCCGGGAAAUAACAAGAUCCCUUUGAACUACCAUAUAGUAGAGGUAAUAUUUGCAGAGUUGUUUCAGCUGCCAUCUCCACCACAUAUUGAAGUCAUGUACACAACGCUGCUGAUUGAGCUGUGCAAACUUCAGCCUGGCUCCUUACCACAAGUUCUUGCACAAGCCACAGAAAUGCUCUACAUGCGUUUGGAUACAAUGAAUACCACAUGUGUGGACAGAUUUAUUAACUGGUUUUCGCACCACUUGAGCAACUUUCAGUUUCGUUGGAGCUGGGAAGACUGGUCAGAUUGUCUUACUCAGGACCUUGAAAAACCCAAACCCAAAUUUGUGAGAGAGGUUUUGGAAAAGUGUAUGCGACUCUCCUACCAUCAGCGAAUAAUAGACAUUGUUCCUGCAAGUUUUUCUGUCCUCAGCCCUGCUAAUCCAGUGUGCAUUUACAAAUACGGAGAUGAGAGCAAUAGGUCUCUUCCUGGAUAUACUGUGGCACUCUGUUUAACAAUCGCAAUUAAAAAUAAGGCCAGCAAUGAUGAAAUCUUCAGCAUUUUAAAAGAUGUACCUAAUCCAAACCAGGAUGAUGAUGAUGGUGAAGGAUUUACUUUCAACCCUCUGAAAAUAGAAGUCUUUGUUCAGACUCUGCUCCAUCUAGCUGCAAAGUCUUUCAGCCACUCCUUCAGCGCCCUGGCAAAGUUUCAUGAAGUCUUCAAAACACUUGCUGAAAGUGAUGAGGGGAAGCUUCACGUUCUGAGAGUUGUGUAUGAGGUUUGGAAGAAUCAUCCACAGAUGAUUGCUGUGCUUGUGGACAAGAUGAUUCGGACACAAAUUGUUGACUGUGCUGCAGUAGCAAACUGGAUCUUUUCUUCAGAGCUGGCACAUGAUUUUACCAGGUUUUAUAUCUGGGAGAUCUUACAUUCCACAAUUCGUAAGAUGAAUAAGCAUGUCCUGAAGAUUCAUAAAGAACUGGAGGAGACCAAAGCAAGAUUGGCCAGGCAGCACAAAAGACGAGACAGUGAUGAUGACGAUGACGAUGAUGACCGAAGCACCGAUCGGGAAGAUGGACCACUGGAAGAGCAGAUAGAGCGCUUGCAGGAAAAAGUAGAGUCAGCCCAGAGUGAGCAGAAGAAUCUCUUUCUUGUUAUAUUCCAGCGUUUCAUUAUGCUGUUAACGGAGCACUUGGUGCGCUGCGAGACUGGUGGAAUUGAUGUAUUUACACCUUGGUACAAGAGCUGUAUAGAGAGGUUGCAGCAGAUCUUCCUGCAGCACCACCAGAUAAUCCAGCAGUACAUGGUGACACUAGAGAACCUCCUGUUUACAGCUGAACUGGACCACCACAUUCUGGCUGUGUUUCAGCAGUUCUGUGCUCUGCAGGCCUGAGGGAUCAUCCGUGGACAGAGUCUUGUCUGCAGGACUUUAGUGAAAUUUUUUUUUUUUUUUAAUGGCAAAACUUAACAUGGGGAUGGAAGAAUUUUUUUUACUAAAACUGGCUUUCACGUGCUCCUGUAUACAACAAAAGAGUGUUCUAAAAAAAAAACAAACUGUGUAAGCAUUGUAAGCCUUAAAAGUUAUGACUAAUAGGGGAUAUUUGUGAAGUAAAGUAUUAAUUCUUUUUAUUGUCUUUUAAUUUAGUUUGACUUUUCUCUUCUCUAAUGGUAAUUUUAUUUCUCCCCUCUUGCCUAUAUAAAAAUCAGGCACACUCCUCCCCCAAAAAAUAUUUCUAACCUUGCAACAAAAGAAGCCAACCCCAAGCAAUUGAAUUUGUUACCUCUGCUUGUCCUUUAAAUCAGAUUAAUUGCAGAAAUGAGGAACAAUUCGUAGUGUUUUGUGAGUAUGAAAGGGGAUGCACCUUCUCAGUGAGCAGUGGGAUAAGUUCUCUAGUAUAUGACAUAGGAAAACUGUCUUAAUUUUGGGCAUGUGAAACACAUUUUCAAAGUAGCAUAGAGCAUAAAAAUUUGUUUUAUUACCAAGCCAGAUAGAUUUUCACAGUUUGAAAAAACAUAUAGUACAAUUGAAAUAUGUUUUAUAAAUGUAUUGUCUAGUGUCUUAUUACAGUAUCUAUAAACAGUUGUAGAGAAACUUCAUGGACCACUUCUGAAAAAUGCAAUUCUUAUUGCGUUGUGGUCAAGAAAUCAUGAACUGCUCUUGGUAGCAGUUCUUCUCUUUUAAAUAGAGACAGUAAGCAAGCGUUGGUGUGGAACAAACUUCUGACUUCCAUGCCGCAAGCCUUACCUAGGUAUUGGGAGCUCCAGCCCCAGAUGCCCCAGACAGGGCUGAGCUUGCUUUUUUCUUUCAGCCUGUAACUCAUUGGACUGUCACAUUUGUGCUGGGCUGGACCUGCAGGCCUGCAGGAUGUCAGAAAUCUUUCUGUUAGUGACAGUGGAUGAACCAAGUGCUCGCACCUCAUCUGGCUUGGCAACAACUGUUGCAUCUGCUAGGCUUCCCUCGCUUUAAACAUGACAGCAGCACGUUGCUCCCAUGUCUUGAUGAGAAGUGUUUUAAUGCUGAAUUAAGCGAUACACAUUACAGGAGAGGCCUAGACUGAGAACACAACUGAAAGUAGAGCAGUCUUAGUUUUAAGUUAGGCCAGUAACAUGAGGUACAUAAGAGCCAAACCAGAGUGUUCUGUACCACAGUGAGCAGCAGAGACACUGCCUUAGGUGCUCAGGUCCGUCAGCAUGCAGGGGGCUUCCAAGCUGUUUAUGAUCUCUUCAUUUUGCAGGUGAAUGUUUUAAAGAAUUUUAUACUCAAUGCUGUUUAGUUUUAGCUUAGGAAAUUACGUGCUUUGAGUAAUUUUGUUCCUGUACAAAUUAUUUUUUUUA